AUGGUAAAUCUUCACAUCUUGUUAGUUUUAGGAAUUAGUCUAUAUGCCUACUGGAUGGGAAUUGUAAGUACUUUUAAGGUACCAAAACCGACCAAAACCCAAGCAAAAUGGCUGGAUUAUGAAGUGGGAGCGAUUGUUCAUUUCAAUAUGCAAACGUUUAACCGCUAUAUGAAGCCAGGUAACAAAAUUUCUCCUUUAACAAUGACGUGUUUAUGCCAGUUACUGUGUGUUUUGCUAAACGGGUCUGUGAGGAAUUUUUAGGGAAAGAAUCGAAUGUUUCCUUUAGUAAUAGUUUCGAUUUCAUAACAAACCGAAAAAUACCCUAUUGUUUGUACACUUUGAUUUUGACAGCUGGGCAGAUUUUACUGAAACUCCGAGUGCAGGCGGAAAAUAAACUAAUUUCUUGUCCAGUGGAAAUAGUUUGUUUUUUCAAUUUUCCGUUUGUGUGACAAUCUUGUUAUUCGCCUUUCCAUCCAGACCAAAUUAUGUCGCCGGACUAGUUUGGAAAGCCCUUGAGUUGUUUUCACAUUCCAUUGUUACGCUGCUCAGGGGAUGCAAAUAUCAAUCGAAAUACGGCUUUAAGGAAAUGAUCAGCGUCUGAUAGAGGCAAGGAUCAUUAUCACCUAGUACCUAGUACUAAGAACAAGUCCCUUUGCCUACGUAGCAGGCCGUUGUUUAGAAGUGUGUCGGUAACAAGCGUGAAAAGAGACGCACAGAAAGGAAGUUCUCCCUGUUUAUCAUGUCAUCUAAAACAUAUUAGGUAAUUAAGUGUUAACAACUGAGUUGAAAACGUAAAUUGGCCACAGUAAAGAGUAAAAAAAUUGACGUUUCGAGCGUUAGCCCUUCGUCAAAGCGAUAGAUUCGCCAAUCGCCAAUCGCUCAGACGAAGGGCCAACGUUCGAAUCGUCAGCUUUUUUUACCCUUUACGGUGGCCAAUUUAGCAACAACUCAGUUGUUAACACUAAAUUACCUGCUAUACUCUCCCACCGACGCAGCACCACAGUUUCUUUAGAAACUUACCCCUUUAUCCAUUCAUCUAAACCAUAUUGUAUGUUUGCUAGGUCAUGUUGUGCCCGUGGACACUUUCAACCCAGAAGAGCUUUCAACAGAUCAAUGGCUUGAGGCAGCUAAGAGUUUCGGUGCCAAAUAUAUCCUUUUUUCUAUCGACCACUUCAGCGGGUUUCUCAUGUGGCCUACUGCAACAGACUACAAAUACUCCGUUAAAUACACAAAGUGGAGAGACGGAAAGGGAAACGUCCUGGCUGACUUUAUCAAGUCCUGCCGAAAAUAUGGUUUGGAAUAUGGAUACUUUUAUAGUGUGCAUAAUAAUUGGUACAUGGGAGUGGAUAAUUACACCACUGGUGUUCCUGCAACACAAGAGUACUAUAAAAAGGUUGUAGAAGAACAAAUGCGUGAAUUGUUUAAUGCUACCUCUCCAUAUAAAGACCCUUUUUACAUUUGGUUUGAUGCUGGUAUUGUCCCAAAAGUGAGUCCUGAUAUCGGGCCAAUCAUACGUGAGUUAGCCAGUAACUCAAUCUGUGACGAAUGUCCCACGUUUUCUGGUAAUCAAGGAUUACACUGGGUUGGUAACGAAAAGGCGUUUGCACCUUUACCACAGUGGUACGCCGUACCCAAAGGAAAAUGCUCUGAGAAGACACCAGAUGGUGAGUUAAAAGUCUUGUCACCAAACUGGUCAUUUCCAUGUAAAAACUCCAGCUUACUGGCUGUUUCUGGUUGGAAUUGCAACUUCAAAGAAUUAAACAUUGAAAAAACAUAAUCUUAUUUGGAAUCAUAAGGUUUCAUUUUUAUUUUUCCCUUCUGUUACAGGUAAAAUAAUUCAAGGAAGCCCGUAUGGUCAGCUGUUCUGUCCCGCAAACUGCGAUACCGUUAUUCGUGAACACUUUUGGUUCUGGCAACCUGACACGGAGUACUCGGUGAAAAGUGUCCGCAGACUUUUGAGUGAAUAUCUAACAAGCGUGGGUCAUGGAUGUACAUUGAUUCUGAACCUCAAUCCCGAUACCCGCGGGCUGGUACCCGAGGAGGAUCGUAAGGCAUACGAGAAACUGGGAAAGGCGAUUGCACUGUUAUACAAAGAUCCUGUUAAAAAAUCAUUCAAGCCUAGAUUAAAAAUUGGAAAGAAGAAAAUUUGGAAGUUUACAGCAUUUAGAAGUCUCAAUGGUUCUGUUAUCCUGAUGGAAGAUAUUGAGAGAUAUGGUCAAUUAGUCAUGAAAUAUGAACUAAAGCUGAAAACUAAAGACGGUUGGAUUUCGACUCCAGAGUUGGGAAGCACCAUAGGACAUAAAAGAAUUCAUCCUUUUCCAAAAGACUUGGCAAAUAAAACUGUCUCUGCAGUUAGCCUAAGGAUCAAUAAACUUGUUACAAAGAGAAGAUCUAUAGUAUUAAGAGAAGUUUCUGUUUACAAUUGGAAUGAAGCAGCGAAGCCCGGUAAAAAUUUGAUUUAACGUCUGUGUCUUCAAG